AUGACUGAAGUAUUAUUAUUACUACGGGUUAAACUUGUAACGCUUCAAAGCAAGGACAGCCAGUAAAUCCAGUUUUCGGCGGCCUUGCAUAUUAUCAUAUCACAUCGUACACAGAUAUUACUAUUCACUUAAGCCUAUCGUUAUAAAGCUGUCGGUAUUCGAUACAUACGAUUUUAUUCACUAUAUUUAGUUCGGUUGUAUGUGAUCGACGUUUGUCAUGGCAACUAGCGCAUUCCGCAGUACCUCAAAAUUGGGCCUGAGCUCAUUAAAAUGGUCCAAUACACUGUUUCCACAAAGUCGGACAUUCAGUGUUCAACUGACAGAAACCCAGUAUGCAGUCAAAGAUAUGGUGCAAAGGUUCAAUGAAGAACAUCUUAAACAAAAGGCAGGCAAGCUCGACUUAGCUGGAAGGUUUCCUUUUGAACAAAUCAAAAAAUUGACUAAUUUGGGCCUAAUGGGUGCUACACCAUCUGAAGAGUAUGGUGGCAUGAAUCUGGACUACUUAUCUCUGACUGUUGCCAUCGAAGAGCUAUCACGUGGCUGUGCCAGCACUGGGAUGAUCCUCUCCAUCCAUAACUUUUUAUAUGUGAACUUGGUCAAUGAACUGGGCACUCCUGAACAGAAAGAGCAGUUCCUCAGGUGUUACACAACUGGUGGAAAAAUUGGAUGCUUUGCCCUAAGUGAACCUGAUGCUGGCAGCGACGUAGCUAAUAUCAAAACUACCGCCAUAAGAGACGGCAACCAUUGGAUAUUAAACGGCAAGAAGAGCUGGGUCAGUUCAGGGAUCGAGGGCUCCGCCACAGUCGUCUUCGCGACUUGCGACUCAUCACUCAGACACAAAGGAAUCGCUUGCUUUUUGGUGCCUCUUGAUGCUGAGGGUGUGUUCAGAGGGAAGAAGGAACCGCUGAUGGGCGUUAGGGCGGCGACCGCGUGCGAUCUGACGUUGGAAGAGGUGCGCAUUCCGAAUAGUUACCUCGUGGGGGAGGUGGGGGAAGGGUUCCGGAUCGCCAUGUCGCAACUCGAUCAGGGCCGCAUCGGCAUCGCCGCGCACGCCGUCGGUAUAGCUCAGGCUGCAUUGGACACGGCGAUGGACUACGCUAAAGAGAGAGUGGCUUUCGGAAAGUGCCUUACGAGACUGCCCUCUGUAAAAGAUCGUUUGACGGAAAUGUGCAUAAUGGUGGAGACGGCUCGGCUGUUGACUUACCGCGCCGCCACACAAGUGUGCACCAAGAACAGCGCGAUGGCCAAGUAUGUGGCCGGACGUAACGCGACCGCCGUCGCCGACCACUGCGUGCAGAUACUCGGCGGCCGCGGAUUGUCCACCGACUACCCCGCCGAGAGGCAUUACAGGGACGCUAGAGGCACCCAGAUCUACGGCGGUGUGACAGACAUACAGAAGCGUCUAGUUGGACAUUACCUGUUGAAGGAGAACAACGCGCUGUGAUCGCCGCAUCGAUGAAACUAAGCUAGUCUGAACACUACACUGUAAGACUGCAAAUCUAGUUAUAUACAAUAUUAAUUAUCCACAAGGCUCUAUCGAGUUAUUAAUGUAACAUUCGCCGCCUUUACUUUAUGUAA